AUGGACUCUGUCGGAGGACGGUGGACGGUGUUCCAGACCAGGAUGGACGGCUCAGUGAACUUCUUCCGGGGCUGGGACCAGUACAAGACCGGCUUUGGGAACGCUGCUGGAGAGUACUGGCUCGGUCUUGAGAACCUCUACCAGUUGACUCUGAACCGCCCGUCCGAGCUGCUGGUCCAGAUGGAGGACUUCCAGGGAAACAGAGCGUUCGCUCGGUACAAGUCCUUCUCCGUGGGGCCGUGUGAUGGGUUCAUACUGACGGUGUCUGGCUUCGUCAACGGAGGAGCAGGAGACUCCCUGACUGGUCAUCACAACGGAAUGAAGUUCUCCACCUUCGACAAAGACCAGGACGCCUCUUCAGCGAACUGUGCCAGAUUACACCUGGGGGGGUUCUGGUACAACAACUGUCUCCAUGCAAAUCCCAACGGUGUCUAUUGCUGGGGGGCUUACGAGACUCUCUCUGCUGUUGGAUUGGAUUGGACCACCUGGAAAGGUUUUAACUACUCCCUGAAGUUCAUCAGCAUGAUGGUCCGUCCCGUGCUGUAGGUCUCCAGGACCAAUGUCCAGCAGAACAUCACCUCAUCUCUUCUCAUCUCUUUCUCUUUCUUUCAUUAAGC